AUGAGCAACGCUGAAACACACGGGGCCGCCGUUCAGGCUGCAGCAUACUCAGCGACCAAUCUCCCUCAUUUUAACGAUCAAAUUAAGCCCGAGGAAGCUGUCUCUCAAAACUAUGGGAGCGAAACUCGAGAGACGUUUAAAACAGCCUCUACAGACCACUGGCUUCCGGACUGUCUCUGCGCCCAUUUGCAUGAAGACUGUCCAGCUUCUCGGUCACCAUCACCCAACAGCGAACAACUAGCUCCACCUUCAUCACCUAUAUUUCAUGUUCGUUCUGUUACUAUGACGCUUGCAGAACUACAGAGUGCUUCUCAAUCGUCUUGUUGGCUUUACAGUGUUAUCUUCACAGGAAUCAAGAACAUGCCGACUUGGGACCCGACUAAGCCUGCGCCGAAUCGAGCCUCCUUUCGUCUGGAAACAUCCAAGACCGGGGUAAACAUAGAGGCACUGGGCGGAACACAACGUCGCGUUCCAGAGCCCGGCUUUUUCUUUUAUGUUGAUGGCCAGAAAGGCAAGUGA